AUUAUGUCUUUGUACUCGCUGUGUACUUACAGACAAACAUUAAUUACUAAUUAAAAUUGCUCUGGAGAGGGCAACAAAAAGGAAAUUAAAUUACAAUGCUCAUCAAUAAAAAGAAUUAAAUUUUACAUGUACAGAAUGUGUGAUAUUAAAGCUUUAUUAAUCUAUAUAUGUGACACUUCUUUAUUAAUAGGUACCAUUACAACUGUGGCUGCACCUGCAAAAGAUUCUCACUGGAUACUUUGGAUUUUAAUAUUAUUCUUAGUAGUUUUGAUACCAGCUAUAGCCUUGAUAACCAUUGCACUUACAAAGCAGAUGAAAAAAUCAAGAAACACAGUAGCUCAUGAUUCCAUCACAGAGGAAAAUGGCAAUAAUAAUAACGAGGUAGAAUACAGGAUAAAAGAAGCAAUCCAGGAGGCCAAGUCAAACAAUGAACUCUCAUUGCAUAAGUGGUACAGCGAAGAAGUGGAAGAUCACGUGUGCGAUAUUUGUGAUAGGGCUUUAUCUGACUAUGUCUUUCCUUUGCCGGCUAUAGAGGAAGGAGCUGCUAUUCUUGUAACCACAAAAACAUCUGCUUGCUUUGCCACGGAGGCAGGUGUGAAGGGUGACACUUUUGUAGAAAUGGAACAAACACAUUUUCCUAUUCUGGAUGGAGAAAAUAGCCACGUGAAGAAGAUAUAAUAGUAUAUCUUUAGAAUAUAAAGAUCUGAUACACUGUGCCAGUAAAUCAUAUUUAGCUCAAUUAUCAGAAAAUGUUUUGUUUUGUAAUGUUGUUAUACAGGAAAAUGUUGAUGUAUACAGCUAAAUAUCUAAUUAAACCACAAAGCAGAAUCCAUAGAAAGGGACAUUUUAGAAAGUUAGAAAAAGAUGAUUGUAAGUCCUAUUUAUUUGAAUCAGCUGGUUUUGCACGCCACAUUCAAGAUCCAAGAUGGUUAUCACCCAAUUAUUUCCAUACAUACUUUAAUAAGAAAGGUAAUUUGGGUUGAUCAUUAUAGAAGCUUGAUUUCAACUCUUCAUCUACAUGAAUAAUUUUUUUUUCCAGUAAAGAAUAUUGCAGACCUGCCCAACAAAAGGUCUCAGAAAUGAAACAGGUCCGGAAGAUAAAUAGACAAUAGAUUUGCUGUUUUAACAAUUUAAUAGCUGGUCUGGGAAAUGCAGAUGGAAGUUCUGGGACUUUAGAUACUCAGCAACAAAUGUACUGCAUUUUGUGCUUCUAGAUGCUUAUUACUUAAACUGAAUGUCAUUUCAUGGGCAGACAAGAUGACCUGUCUUAUUAUCUUUUAUUGUCAAUUUCUGUUUCUUUGAUAAUACAGGUAUGGGAUCCCUUAUCCAGAAACCCGUUAUCCAGAAAGUUCUGAAUUACGGAAAGAC